ACCCCCUCUCCCCGUCUCGAACCCUAACGCUGCCGCCUCGCUGCCUAGCCGCCGGCGCCCUGUGGAUGGUCCUCUGCUCUGUGAAGGCAGUCGGGCUGAGAGAGCUGAGGUGCUAGAUGUCAGUCUUCUGAAGCCAGGAUGGUCAGCCCAGUAAAUCCAGUGAUUGUGCUGCACCUCCUCAGCAUCUUUGCACAGAUUAGAGCUGGUAAUCAGGACAUCAUGUACCCCUACGGACCGGGCCGAGAUCAAGAGACCCCCAAGAUGGAUGAUGGGAGUUCUGCAGAAGUGGUUCUGCUCCUCCCGUUCGUUUUCUUCAAUGGCCCCUACCGCUCCAUUUACGUCAACAACAAUGGCGUGAUCUCCUUCAAUGUGCAAGUCAGCCAGUUCACCCCCGAAGCCUUUCCCCUGAGUGACAGUAGAUCAUUCAUUGCUCCACUGUGGGCGGACGUUCACAAUGGCAUUAGAGGGGACGUGUAUUACCGUGAGACCGUCGAGCCCGAAAUACUAGAGCGGGCCACGCAAGACAUACGCAAGUACUUUAAAAACAUAUCAGGCUUUACUGCUGCCUGGGCUUUCAUCGCAACUUGGCACCAGGUCACCUUCUAUGGAGGCAGCCAGACAACUCCGGUAAAUACAUUCCAGUGUGUGCUCGUCUCUGAUGGCGCAACAUCCUUCUCUAUAUUCAACUAUGGAGAGGUCUUGUGGAGCACAGGAACCGCCAGUGGAGGAGAUCCCCUGACCGGAUUGGGUGGGACGACAGCACAGUCAGGUUUCAAUGGAGGAGACAUUGGCCAUUUCUUCAACCUGCCAGGUUCACGGUCCAACGACGUUGUGAACAUUGAGCAGACAACCAACGUAAAUGUGCCGGGGCGUUGGGUGUUCCGGGUGGACACUGAAUUGAUAGAUCCUGCAAAUGGCUGCAGCUACAAUGGGCGCUUCUACAGACGGGGGGAGAUCUUCUGGCUGUCCGACCAGUGCUCUCUGCGCUGUCGCUGCCUAGACAUGAACAACGAAGUUCAGUGUCAGGAGGCACCCUGCGGCCAGCUGGAGACCUGUGAGCAGCAGGAGGGGGCCUUCUACUGCCAGCCCGUCCGCACCAGCACCUGCGUGGUCUUCGGUGACCCACACUACCACACCUUCGAUGGCUUCCUCUAUCACUUCCAGGGAACCUGUUCCUACCUGCUGGCGCGGCCAUGCUGGGAGGUGGUAGGGCUGCCUUACUUCAGCGUGGAGGCCAAGAAUGAAAACCGUGGCAUGGCCUCUGUCUCUUGGCUCAGAGAUGUGACAGUGGAGGUGUACGGGCAUCGAGUCACUCUGCCCAAGGGAAGCUUGGGAACCGCUCAGGUGGAUGGUCUUAUGAAGACUUUACCAGUUCAGCUUCAACUCGGUGCCAUAAGGGUUUACCAAUCUGGAGUUGCAAUAGCCUUGGAAACAGACUUUGGCCUUUUAGUUACCUACGAUGGCCAACACUAUGCCUCCAUCUCAUUGCCUAGCUCCUACUUCAACAACACUUGUGGCCUGUGUGGAAACUAUAACGAUGAUCCUGCCGAUGACCCAGUGUUGCCCGAUGGGUCUCUGGCUGAAAGUGUGGUGGAGCUAGGGGGUAGCUGGCGGGCAGACGAUACAGACUGGAGGUGUCAUGACGGAUGUACUCAGAACUGCAGCAUGUGUGACCCGGCCAUCGAGGCCUUCUACUUUCGUUCCGACUACUGUGGGCUGAUCAACAAAACAGAUGGCCCCUUUAGGGACUGCAGAGCCGUGGUGGACCCCACUGCGUUUGUCUACAGCUGUGUGUAUGAUCUGUGCAGCAACAGGGAUAACAUCACCACUCUGUGCCAUGCCAUCCAGGCCUACUCUAUGGCCUGUCAGGCCCUGGGAGUCACUAUACGGCCCUGGAGAUCCCGCAACUUCUGUGCCUUGUCGUGUCCGGAGGAUAGCCACUACCAGGUGUGCACCAGCGCCUGUCCGUCCUCCUGCUCGGACCUCACCUCUGCCCUCUACUGCGCCCACCCAUGCACUGAGGGCUGCCAGUGCGACCCAGGCUACAUCCUGAGCGGCAGCCGCUGUGUGAAUCUCGAUGACUGCGGCUGUGAGCACGAGGGUCUCUACUACCCCCGUAACGACACCUUCUGGGCGGGCACGAGCAGCAAAGCCAGCGAGUGUAAGCUGCGCUGUGUCUGCGGCCCCGCGGGGGAGGUGUCCUGCUUCAACGACUCGUGCCGCGAAGGGGAGGUGUGCACGGCGGAGGUGGGCCGGCUGGGCUGCUACCCUCUGAGGGAGGGGACCUGCUCGGUCGCCCAGAACACGGUCACGUCGUCGUUCGACGGCGUCUCCAUGUCCUUCCCUGACGACAGCUCCUACUACCUGCUGAAGCUGUGUGGCUCGGCACCCCGCAACGUUUCCAGCGUGGAGGUGAAGAUCGGCAGGAAGUUGGUGAACAAAGGCCCGACUUGGAUGAGGCCUGUGGUGGUCAGGGUGGCGAACAUCGAAGCCCAGAUAGGAGGCACCGAUUUUGACAUAGUGAAGGUAAAUGCUGAAGUGGUGCCCCUCCCGUACGUGCAUCCACUGGAGACGAUGUUGAUCUACAAAGCCCCGGGCAACGUCACGGUGGUGGAGUGCCCCGGCGUGAUCCGGGUGCAUUACAACCGCCAGGGCUUCCUCAACAUCUCCCUCUCCACCGUCUUCUACAACGCCACCUGCGGCCUCUGCGGCUUCUUCAACCGCAACGGGUCAGACGACCUCCGCCUGCCCAACGGCCGCCUGGCAGAGUCCAGCGAGCAGUUCACAGAGGGCUGGCGCGCCAUCGCCGACGACCUCACCUGCAACGGCGACUGCGACGACCUCUACCGCAUGUGCACGGACCUCCGCGUCUACCAGAGCCCCUACAUGUGCGGCAGCAUCAACGACCCAGGGAACAGCUCCUUCCUGGCGUGCCACGACGCCAUCAACCCCUCGCCGUUCUUCCGGAACUGUCUGUACAACAUGUGCGUGAAGGAAGGCAACCGCUCGGCCCUGUGUUCCUCUCUGCAGGCCUACGCCUCGGCCUGUCAGGACGCCCAGGUGGGCCUGGCGUCCUGGAGAAGCACCACCAACUGCCCGCUGCCUUGUCCAGACCACGGCCACUUUGACGAGUGCACCAACGCCUGCCCUCUGACCUGUGAUAACCUGGACGAGCCCCGGAGGCCGUGCCCGCUGCCGUGCCAGGAGGGCUGCCAGUGUGAGGAAGGCUACGCCCUCCGCGAUGGGCUCUGCGUGGCCCGCAGCGACUGCGGCUGCAAGAGCCACGGGCGCAAGCUGGCCACCAACCAGACCUUCUGGAGGGACAGGGAGUGCCUGGAGCGCUGCUACUGCAACGGCUCAGACAACAGCGUGUACUGCCAGACGGGGCCCUGUCACGCGGAGGAGUACUGCGAGGAGAACGGCGGCCUCUACUUCUGCCAGCCGCGCACCGAGGCCCUGUGCGCCGCCGCCGGCUACGGACACUUCCUGCCGUUCGGCGGUGUGCCGUUCGAGCUGCAGAGCUCUUGCACCCUGCAGCUGGCCACGACCAACUGCAGGGGGGACGAGGAGCCGGGCCAGCUGAUCGCCGGGGGAUCCUCAAACACCUUCCCGCCCUUCAAAAUGGCCGCCCGCAACGAGGAGCGUGACACGGGCCAAGCCAUCUGGGUCCGUGGGUUCGUGCUGGAGGUCUACGGCUACGAGAUUGAAGUGUCGCGGAGCUACAAAAACACAGUCACGGUGAACAAGGAGCGCCUCUAUCUCCCCCUGAAGUUGGGCUCGGGGAAAAUCACCGUGGUCACCUUGGGCAUGCUGCUGAUCCUGGAGUCCGACUUCGGCCUGAAGGUGGUCUUCGACUGGAACACCCUCCUCCUGCUCAGCCUGCCCCACGCCAUCUACAACACCACCUGCGGCAUCUGCCAGGGCCUGCCCCCGUCGCCGCCCGUCCUCUCCAGCACUGCCGACUGGGGCAUGGCGUGGGCCGAGAGGGACACCUUCUGCCAGGUAGGGUGCGGGGACUCCUGCCCCCGCUGCGGCCUGGGUGAGAAGAGCCACGGCAACGACGACUCCGCCGCCGUGUCGGAGGGCUAUGACGGCGCCACGGCCGACCCGGAGGCGGCAGAGGGCGUUGAGCGCAACAUGGGCAUGCGCUUCCACAUCGGGGACGGGCUCUACGUGUUCGUGGAGCCCGAGGCGGUGAGGCUCUGCGGUCUGAUCGUGGACCGCGCCGGCGUGUUCGCCAGCUGCCACAGCAAGGUCCCGCCGGCGUUCUUCUACCAGAGCUGCCUGCAGGACACCUGUCUGGACCAGGGAGCCCCGGAGACCAUCUGCAACUGGCUGCAGAUCUACGCCAGCACCUGCCAGACGCAAGGGCUGCCCAUCUUUGGAUGGAGGUCUAACACCCCCUGCGUGCUGCGCUGCCCGGCCAACAGCCACUACUCCAGCUGCAUGUCGGUGUGCCCGCCCCAGUGCGCCCCGGCCCGUGGCCAGAGGGACUGCAACCAGGACUGCGUGGAGGGCUGCCUGUGUGACCAGGGCUACGUCCUCAAUGGCAAGAGCUGCCUCCUGCCUCAGAACUGCGGCUGCUACACGGACGGCAAGUACUUCGAGCCCAAGCAGCUGUUCUGGAACAGCGACUGCACCAAGCGCUGCCAGUGCAUCGGCCGCAACCUCAUCCAGUGCGACCCGCGGCGCUGCAAGGCGGAGGAGGAGUGCACGCUGCGCUACGGCGUGCGCGGCUGCUUCGCCCGCCGCUCCCAGCACUGCGUGGCGUCCGGCGGCGGCGUCUUCCGCACCUUCGACGGCGCCUCGCUGCGUCUGCCCGCCUCCUGCUCCUUCGUCCUGUCCACCAACUGCCGCAAGCUGCCCGACCUCUCCUUCCAGCUCAUCGCCAACUUCGACAAGUGGAGCACGCCCAACCUCACCACCAUCUCCCACGUCUACCUGUACAUCAACGAGGAGAACAUACUCAUCUCCGGCAGCCUGGUCAAGGUGAACGGCACACCGGUGUCGGUGCCUUUCGUCACAGGGCUGAUGACCCGCCUGUCCACCUCCGAGGGCUUCCUGGUCAUAGACACGCCCCAGGACAUCCAGAUCCGCUACAACCGCUUCAACACCCUCAGCAUCACCAUGGGCCAGCGGCUGCAGAACAAGGUGUGCGGCCUGUGCGGGAACUUCAACGGAGACCCCAGCGACGACUACAUCACAUCCAGGGGCAAGCCAGCGGUCAGCGCCUUGGAGCUGGCCCAGAGCUGGAAGACCAACGGCAUGCAGAACAGCUGCGACGAGACCCAGUACGUGGCCCUGGCUCAGUCCUGCGACAACACGGCAGUGCUGAGCCUCCAGGGCGAGGAUGGCUGCCAGAAGCUCAACCAGAUGAAGGGCUUCUUCCAGCCCUGCCACGGCCUGCUGGACCCCCGGCCCUUCUUCGAGUCCUGCUACCUGGACGGCUGCUACAACCACCGCAAGGCCCAGGUCUGCGGCUCGCUGGCGGCCUACGCCGAGGCCUGCCGCGCCAUGGGCACGCUCACCACCAAGUGGAUUGCCCAGGAGAACUGCUCAGAAUGGAUCUAUGACCCCUGUGCAGGAGAGAUCUGCACAAACAAUACCUGUGAGCAAGAGAACGGGGGGGACCUCUGCGGCUGCCCGGAGUUACCCAGCAGCCCCGGUGGUGACGAUGACAUCAUACAGGCGGAGGUGACCUGCAAGCACGCCCAGAUGGAGGUGUCCAUCUCCAAGUGCAAGCUCUUCCAGCUGGGCUUCGAGAGGGAGGACGUGCGCAUCAACGACCAGCACUGCGCCGGCAUCGAGGGAGAGGACUUCAUCUCCUUCCGGAUCAACAACACCAAGGCUCACUGCGGCUCCAUCGUGCAGUCCAACGGCACGCACAUCAUGUACAAGAACACGGUGUGGAUCGAGAGCGUGAACAACACGGGCAACGUGAUCACCAGGGACCGCACCAUCAACGUGGAGUUCUCCUGCGCCUACGAGCUGGACCUCAAGAUCUCCCUGGAGACAGUGCUGAAGCCCAUGCUCAGCGUGAUCAACCUCACGCUGCCCACCCAGGAGGGCAACUUCAUCACCAAGAUGGCGCUGUACAAGAACGGCUCGUACCGGCAGCCCUACAGGGAGGGUGAGGUGGUGCUGAGCACGCGGGAUAACCUCUUCGUGGGCGUGUUCGUGGAGGGCGCCGACGAGAACCAGCUGAUCCUCAUCGUCAACAUGUGCUGGGCCACGCCGUCACGCUACAGCAGCGACCGGCUGCGCUACAUCAUCAUAGAGCGGGGCUGUCCGAACAUCAAGGACAACACCAUCGGCAUGGCGGAGAACGGUGUGUCGCUCACCUGCCGCUUCCACGUCACCGUGUUCAAGUUCAUCGGCGACUACGACGAGGUGCACCUGCACUGCGAUGUGUCCCUGUGCGACUCAGAGACCAACGCCUGCAAAGUGAACUGCCCACACACCAGGAGAAUGUACUCGGAGGACAGUCAACAUACGGAGCACAUACUGUCUGUAGGGCCAAUCAGAAGAAGAGAGUCGGACUGGUGUGAAUUCAACAACGGGGGUUGUGAGCAGAUCUGCAGCAGUAAGACGACUGGGCCGGUGUGCAGUUGUGUGACCGGGAUGUUGCAGAGAGAUGGAAAAAGCUGCCGGGUCGUGAACUUGAGUCCCAUGCUUCGAGCCCAGGCUCUUCCUGUGGGCGUCACUGUCUUGGUCGCCUGGCUCCUGGUUCACAUGCACACUGUACUCACCUGCUAACCCAACUGGUAACACCGUGAAAGACUUGAAGAAACGCAACCAAAUAAGUCCUGCUUGGACUUACUCAGCCAGUAGACCAGAUGUUGGCCAAUCACACCAUCAAAGACAUUUCAAAUUCAACCCUUCUGAGUGUAUCAUUGUAUUCAAUUGGAAAAACACGUAUAAACCCAGAUAUACAUUUGGAAAAUAUAAUUUAAAUACUUACUAUUUGAAUAAUUUAAAUACAUCCAAAGAAAUAUCUUUUGUUUGGAAAACCAAAUACUACAACAGAGCAUUCACAAUAGACCAAAAAAAAAUCACUGAUGUCCAUAACUUAUAAGAAAGAUGAGAAAAAAAUGAAAUGGAUGUUAUGGAUAGACUUUCAGCAUAAAUGAGUGGAACACUUUUUUUAAGGAGACACAUCAUUGUGAUCCUCGUCCCUGCAUUAUCUUGUCCAAGGGUAUUCGAUGGAUGAACUGGCUAUACAUCAUAGGUAAUGUAAUGUGUAUUCAAAUUAUAUACUCUGUUCUAGCAUAGCUGCCAGGGUGAGCAAUCUCUUUAAAUAUGCAAACAACUAGUAUGAAAUACAUUUGUUUUUGUCUCGCAAUCAUUUUAAUACUUCCGCUACAGUUUUCAACAAACAGUUACGCUACGCUAGUGUUUUCGUUGCAGGUAUUUUCUAGCAAUAACGCCAUUAACACUAAUCACUGGCCGGCAACCAAGUUCUUAUCUGCUUAAUAAGGUGGCCAUGAAAUGUACUGAU